GGCGCUGUCCAGCAUAGAGAAACUUCUGAGAUCGGCCUCAACGAGUUGAACCUAGAUCCCGUCGUCUGCAAUCUUUCAGUACCCGGGCUACGGCAUCCCUCCCCCGUCACCAUGAGCGCCUUCAUCGCCAGGGCACUCCGAGCCCGCUCCCCAGCCAUCUCUCCUUCCCGGUCCGCCUUCUUCGUCCGCUUUGUCACCACGGUUCAUGAAUCGUCAACCUCCAUUGCCGUCGAGACCGCGAUCCCUCCCUCAAAGCCUAUGACAGGUUCAACCAUAGUCCGGAACGCCACCGAAUCCACGAGAACCUCUAAACGAGCCUACCUUGUCGACCUUACCCCAUCCAAGAACUACCCUGUGUAUCCCCGCACCAAAUCUGCUGGGCAAUCCAAGUUUACGGUCAUUAAGCGCAUUGCGGGUGACAAACGUGCAUUUGCACAGGACCUUGCCAAUGCCACAGGUCUUCCGAGGGAGAAUAUCACGAUAUCGCCUGUGACGGACCAUGUUCAAAUUAAAGGUCUACAUGUCACGGAAGUAAAGAAGUGGCUUGCUGACGAAUUUGGUGAUCCUCAUAAGCCCACCAUAAGUGUUGAGGUGCCAUCGCCUUAACAGAAUGAGGGUUAAGCAUGUGGAGAAGUGAACACACCACACUUUUACCGGUUAUAAAUCUUGAACGGGAAGAGAUUGGGGUCUGGACAUAAGAUUAUACCUGCAGAGACAUCAAUCUUCGGGGUUGUACGAUCAGAUAAUUGUAGACUGUACAUCAAAUGGGAACAGGUUUGGAACAGGAUGGGAGCAA